CGCCGUCCACCUCCGCCACGUUUUCAGUUCUCUGCCUCCGACCGCCUUGGAAGACCUCUUUCCCGCCCACUCCCCGUCCCAUCCCCUGUCUCUUCUGGUUCUCCUGAAGAAUCUCGCCGUUCAUUUCGCCCGAAACCUACGCAGACGGCAUUGCCAUUGCAGCAGGAUCAGGGGCGCGUCGAGGAUAUUUGUUUUGAACUUGACAUCAUGAUUGAAACCCUCUAGAGCACAGACGAAGCUCUGGGACGAGAAGCCGACCAUGGAGGGACUCUUCACUUUGCUCGCAUUGAGCGUUGUGAUGGCUAUAACAUCUUUUGUCGUCGGAUCAUUACCGCUCGCCUUCUCACUUUCCCCUUCCCAACUGCGAUUGAUCUCCUCCCUUGGCAUGGGAGUGCUGGUUGGGACAUCCUUGAUAGUGAUUAUUCCGGAGGGGGUUGAGACUCUAUAUAGCGCAAACUCGCUGAGUCGCCGAAAAGAACUCAGUAGUCGGUCGACGACAGCGAUCAAUUGGCAACACCGGGAAAUACCCGUCACCGAUAUCCUCGGCUCGAGGGAAGCACCGGAGUACUCAGACGCCGAUGAGGCGUCUCAUUCCAUUUUAUCCACCCUGUCAUCCACGCCUGUCACGAUACCUACAGUGUAUUCGACCCCGGAUGAACAGCCUAGACUACAAGGCCGCAAAGAGGAGGCAUCGGAUGAUCAGGCGGACGAGAGCCACGAUGAAGAUAAUUCGCCUCACGCUUGGAUAGGAAUUGCACUCAUCAGUGGUUUCAUAUUGAUGUACCUCAUUGACAAACUGCCCGUUUUCGCAUCUCCUGCCAAACAAGAACGAACCCCUUAUCAUAUCUCGUUGGACAACUUGGGUUCCGGUUUGCGACGCAACUCGUCGCCAUCACGGGAGGGGGGGUUGCUGGAUGCCGGUAACAUUCCUAGGAGGAGCCACAGCUUGGCAACUACCACUGGGCUUGUCAUUCAUGCUGCCGCCGAUGGAAUUGCCUUGGGUGCAUCCAGCUCCGACACUGGCCUGAGCUUCAUCAUCUUCCUAGCCAUCAUGGUCCAUAAGGCCCCGGCAUCAUUUGGGCUGACCUCGGUGCUACUUAAACAAGGCCUCUCCAGUCGUACGGCUAGAGCGCACUUGCUGAUUUUCAGUCUGGCGGCCCCUGUCGGCGCUCUCAUGACCUUUUUAUUUGUGCAAAUCAUGGGUUCGGGAUCAGGCAGUGAUGAUAUUGGAAACCGGUGGCGGACGGGGGUGCUCCUCCUAUUUUCUGCCGGCACCUUCUUGUAUGUUGCCAUGCACACGAUGCAGGAAAACAGCCCGAACUCAUCUUCACGUGAGUCCCAAGCCAACGGUUACGGGGACCACAGAGAAACGCCGUCAGCAUCUGACAAAUCCAUGAGGGAUUUGAUUGCUUCUGUCAUCGGCAUGGUUUUGCCGCUGUUCUUACAGAUCGGCCAUGCCCAUUAACUCUGCCAUAUUGUUAUUCGGCUUUGCACAAUGUCUUUUUAUUCUAUCCUAACCUGAUUUCUCUUUUCUCUAGCUCUUAAAGUCAAUGAGCUGCAUGCCGUUCUGAAAACGAACGAUUUUGUUUGGACACAUUGCGAAGAUUGUCUUGUGUAAUAGAUUUUGGCAGUUGCUAUUGGACGAAUUCCCUCCCUGUGGCUUGAGGGUUAAGAUAUGCUGUGAUCUGUGUUAUAUUCCCUGCUGGGUUAUGCCUUUCUGUUUUCUUGUCAGUGUCAGCGCCGCCAGACGUCAUGGCCAUGAUUGUGAAGCAUUUGCACGGUGCGGUUGAACCCUGUAUUUUUUUUAUUGAGAAAGUCUCUUGAUUAUAAUUGCAUGUGCUUCUUUAUUCACCUUGUGAUCACAUUUACGUAGGGGGUCAGACACAGGAUAUAAAAAGGCGCGGAAGGCCCAAAGGAUUGUCUCUGCUCAG